AUGGACGUGGUUGUCGCUGGAAGUAAAGCUCCCCUCACCAGUGGAAGUUACCUUGCCGCUGGAAGCUUUGUCAGGGCUGUAAGUGGUCAUCGGCUGGGGCUGAUGCUUGGCUGGCUACCAGGGAUACCAGCGGACAAUGACGAUGAUGAUGCACCAGCCGCCAGCACCCACUUUUGCAGCCAUUGGUCGGUCUUCUUGGCCUUCAUUGUAAUCUGCGCUCAGGAGCAUCAUGAGCACCGACCAGCCAAUCCCCUGAAUGCAUGGAUGGAUAUUGAUGUGCUGUGGUUUACUGGCACCGCUGAUUAUUAUUAG